AUGUGCAGUGUUUUGGCAGCAGCGACGUUCCUGGUAUUUAUUCAGACUUUGUUUGUAAAUUACACAGUACCAACGAACAUUGAGAUUGAAAACAUAAGAUUGUAAGUUGAUGUGACAUAGAUAGUAUCAUUUUCUUUAUUUUUAGACUUAUUUUUCUUGUGUUAUUACCUAAAAUUGAGUUUUUUUUUAUCUAAAACGCUGAAAGUGUCAAUUUUGUCACCUAAAAUAAUGAAAGUUUUGUCGAAAAUACAAUUUUUAUUACCUAAACCCAUUUUUUCAGAAAGCCAGUCCACGACUAUGCUUCAGAGUCCGGUCGAAGUGAUUUGGCGUCAGCCGUUUUCAGUUUGUCUGCUGAUCUCACACCAGUCUUCAACUGGAAUGUAAAACAAGUUUACUGUUGGCUACAGGCUGAAUAUGAGGUAGAUGGCAGGGUAAGUAUAUUUUUUGAGUUUUUCUUUGAAAUUUUAGGUGUUACGAUGAAAAUUGGCCAGUUUGGGAGUUGGAAAGAAAGUUUAUGCCAGUUUUUGUUCUGUAAAGGAAGUUCUUGCUAUUUUAUGUUUUGGAAAGAAAGUUCUUGCCCGUUUUUGUCCUGUAAAGGAAGUUCUUGCUAUUAUUAGCUUUGUAAAGAAAGUUCUUGCUAUUUUUCGGCUUUUAAAGAAAGUUCUGGUCAUUUUUAGUUUUGUAAAGAAAGUUCUUGCCUUUUUACGCCAUGUAAAGAAAGUUCUUUCUAUUUUCAUAUAACUUUUGGAAAUUUCGCUUCAAAAUUCUCUCAUUUUCAGCCAGGCAACCAGGUCGUCCUCUGGGACAAGUACUUUUUCCGCCACCACAACAACCUCAUCAAUGAAGAACGCAUCAAGCCGGCCUACUACUUCCAGGACGACGGUGUGAAUCUACGCAAUCGGAACGUCACAUUCAGCCUCCACUGGACCGUCGUCCCAAAUGCCGGCUGGAUGCGGAAUGUGCAAGGUCAAGGCGCCAAGUCCAUCAUCUUCCCCGAAGCCUACAAGUGGUAG